UGCUAUGCCUUUGGAUGUUGGUGCCCUAGAUGUGGUGAAGCGGCAAUUUGCGGAAGGUGGUAGUCGCUUCCCACAUGUUAUUGGGGUUGUGGAUGGCACACAUGUAGCUAUUCAGCCACCAAAACAUAAUGAAGAAAUUUUUAGAAACAGGAAACUGUUUCAUUCUCUGAAUGUAAUGGUUGUUUGUGGGCCAUCCCUCCAGAUCCUUUCCCUGAACGCUAAGUUUACUGGAAGUUCCCAUGAUGCGUAUGUCAUUAGACAAUCAGGGAUAUGGCACAGAUUAAGAUCAAGUCAACGAGCAGACAUGUGGUUAUUGGGAGACCGUGGAUAUCCUUGCACCCCCUGGCUCAUGACUCCUUACCGUAAUCCCAGGCCAGGACCACAGACGGCAUUUAACUCCGCGCUUACUGCCACUAGGCAGCUGGUGGAGCGCACAAUUGGGGUCCUUAAAGGGCGGUUUCGUGUGCUCCACCGCACUGGUGGCGACAUCAUGUAUUCGCCGGAGAUGGCAAGUAAAAUAGUGGUCCUGUGCGCUAUACUCCACAAUAUCGCGGUAAGGAGUAGCGUAGAGCUUCCUCAGACAGAGGAAUUGCCUGAUGAGGAGCCAGGGGUUGUCCGACACUUCGGUGGGGGGAGUGUUACAAGGAGGGUGAGCCAAGUCAGGGCAAGCAUUGUUGCUGAAUUUUUCAGCUGAAAGACCACACAAACUGAGGACGACCACAACGGCAAGCACCACAUGAUGCACCAGCUCAGCACCCUUCCCCUUCUCACUCCCCCUCCACUUCCCAGUCCCCCUCCCCUUCUCACUCCCCCUCCCCUUCUCACUCCCCCUCAGCUUCCCAAUCCCCCUCAGCUUCCCAAUCACCAUCAGCUUCACAAUCCACCUCAGCUUCCCAGUCACCCUCAGCUUCCCAGGCCCCCUCAGCUUCCCAGGCCCACUCCACUUUCCACUCCCCUUCUCAGCCAACCUCUCCUUCUCUUUCUGUGACCCCUUCUCCUCCUUCCCAUACCCCUUCUCCUUCUACUUCCAACUCACCUUCUCAGCCCCCCUCACCCUCUAUUGGCCUAACAUUUUCACCGCCCCCCUCGCCCUCUCAAUCAGACCCACCCUCUGAAAUUACAUCCCCAAUCCAACCUCCUUCCCCCAUCCAGCCUCCUUCCCCCAUCCAGCCUCCUUCCCCAAUCCCUCCUCCUUCCCCCAUCCAGCCGCCUUCCCCCAUCCAGCCGCCAUCCCCACCCAGUGAAUGGGCAGAGGAAGCCCCUGAAGACAGUUCAGGGAGUCUUCAUGUUGCCGAGGAAAAUGUUGCAGUUGGAGAUCCCACAAGUUUUGGAGGCAUUCUUUACACCAUGCGCCAACACCUGCAAGGAUUAAUGCAUUGUGUUGACAAUUUGCAAAAAUAUGC